GGCCACAUCACUUCACUCCCAGACUCCACUCCCGGUCACCUCACGCGGACGGACGGACGCAGACGCCGCCUAUGGCGCUCCAGAGCUGCCACCACCACGACGACUGCCGCGUAGCCCCUCCGUCUCUCCCGGACUGGGGCUGGGAGUGGGAGUGGGACUGGGAGGAGCUGGUGCGCUGCCAGCUCGGCGACGCCGCCCGGGACGGCAUUCAUGGCGCCCUCCCGGCCUUGCCCUCGUUAGGUGGCGGGGAGGAGGAGUCGCCGGUGUCGUCGUCGGAGGCGUCAAGCGGCGGAGGCGGAUACUUGGAGGACGCCGUCGCGCAGUGGGGCGACCGGAGCAAGCGGCAGAGGACGGCGGCGGCAGAGGGUCCGCCGCGGUGCCCGGCCAUGGCGAGCGAGGACCUGCAGUGCCUUCUUCAGAGCUUCUGGGAUCCCAGCAGCGGCGAGGGAGCCCUCCUCCAUGAUCUCAACACCAUGACCCCGGCCCCGGAGACCAGCGGCUUUCUCUCAGAGGAGGGCGCCGCAUCGGGCAGGGGGCAGCGGCAGGGUGGGGAGGGGGGCCGGAGCGCGGCAGCGGGGCAGGGCGGGGGCGGGGGAGAAGCGGCGGCAGGGCCCCCUCCGCCCUUCUCCGCCACGGCUGCUGCUCCCCGGCCACCGCUGCAAAAGGCAACUACAGGGAGCGGCAGCGGCAAUUACUGCGAGCCGGCGACCUCCUCGUCCUGCUCCUCGCUGGCAGGGAGGAGGAAGGAGGGGGUGCUGUACCCGUUCGCCGUGGUGAAGCCGCUGGUGCUAGACGGCGACACGCUGAAAGAUGUUAACCGGAGGAUCCUGAAGCGGCCGGCGAGGCCGGUCCGGCACCCCGUCGGCCAGUUCGCGUGCGGCCCCGUCGUGUCGUCCACUAACCGGCCGGGUCUGUCCGGGAAGGCGGUCGUCAGCCUCACCAAGAUCAGGACCGGAGGGAAGGGCACCAUCACCAUCAUCAGGACUAGAGGCUAGGCUGACUGACUAUGGUUUUUCAAGAAGAAGAAGAAGAAGAAGAUGGUGGAGCGGAUGGGUUAGAUGAAGUGGACAAAUCUACUCGUCAUCACCUAGUUCUUGUAUAUACAUAGGCCUUUCCCUAACCUCUUUGAAAAUAAGAAGCAGCCUUAGCAUUA